UUUCUUUCAAAAUUUCAAAAAGCAAUCUUUCAACUGUUUCUCUUCCCUCAUUCGUAUAAAUCUCAUCCUUCCUCGAGAGAAUACACACCAGUAGAAGAGAAUCACGUGAUAUCUUCCACUAAAGAAAAGAUGGUCACGUGCAUGGCUCGUUCAAGCUCCAAACGAGCCAUCAAAGAGCUCUCUACUCAUAUCAAGUACCUGAUCGAUCGGUGUUUCAAUCCGUUUUCGAUCUGGACCGUCCACAAGAAGGUUGCCAUAAUCGAUCAGCCAACGGUGACAAUGAACGGUCGCGAUGGAGAGGUUACAGUGGAUGAAGUUCCAAUGCAAUGGGAAGUAGAGGUGGAAGAUGGUGUUAUUGCAACAUUCGUUUCUCAGCCAGGUGGAAGCAAUCUCUUGAAGAAAAUACGUUUUAGCGAAGAGCUGUUUAACCCACGAGAAGCCAAGACGUGGUGGACACAAAACUCGGACAAGCUAAUGGAACUCUACACCGUACAAAGAUCUUGUCUCCCAAAUCAGGAUGGUGUAGUACGAGGACCUUGCCGCGCUGGGGAUUCUCUGUGGGGCCCACCUUAUAGCGACGUCGUUUUAGCUAAUGAAAGCCCGGUUACAUCCUCGAGCAUGCCUGAACAUGAGGUGGACCAAGAUCAUGACUCGGACGACUCCAUGCACACGUCGAGGAUGAAACUUUCUAGCACGACCGACGACACGUCAUCAACUACAGAAGCUUCUAAGUCGAGCACUGAGAGCGACGAUGGCAUCGAUGAAUGGGAAGAACAAGAUGAACCUGGCGUCUCUGUGACUAUAAGGUCGUAUCCGGAUGGCACUAGGGAGAUCAGACACGUCAACCUCAGCCGGGAAAGGUUCGAUGAGGCCACAGCGAGGGCAUGGUGGGCAGAUAACAAAGCCAGGAUGAGAUGAGCACGAAAGGAUGGAUCAUCGGGUCCCUGAAUGCCACAAUGCGUGUAUACCAUAAGACUGCAUAAGGGUCACACACCAUGAGCAAUGCCAGGUUUGCUUUCUCUAAUGUGCGGGAAACAACUUAACGUGCAUGAAACCCAGACCGUCCAUCAGGUAUACCAUCCUUUGUUUGGCGUAGAUGUCAAGAAUCAGGCUGAUUCAGCACUCAGGUGGGCCACGCCAAUCAUACCUAAAACUUCUACAUUCAUGAGGUACAGCACACCUGUGUUUGUUAACUGUGAUUUUUGGGUAGUUCUUUCGUCCUAAUGAGGCAAAUCAGAUGAACGAAUUCCAUGGGCCCAAUACAAAACUGAUGGUGGGCAUCCCAUCCCAACUGUUUCCUAUGGUGGCUCACACCUUUGUGGGAUCAUCAUGAUUUGGGUUCCAUGGUGAAAACGUACCUGAUGGAUAGGUGGGUCUUAUGAAAAUUCCACCCACGUGGCUCUUGGUCAGUGAAAGACAUCUAGCAAGUAAUCUGUACACUGGUGCCGAUCUUCACAUAUAAUGUAAGCAAAGAGAAAAACUUCAUUACUCUGGCAGAAUGCCAUGGAUGGUGAGUAGCCACUGAGAAAUAGUACAC